ACCACCUCCGUCCCCCGUCAGUGGUUUAUCAGCUCCGCCCGGCCCUCUUCAUCUCCUCCUGAGCACCACACCGAGACCACAACACCGCCUCUGAGGUUGGAGUAACACGGAGCCGCUGCCAGUAUAACCAGGACAACCAGCAUCAUGGCGCUAACCAACGAUCCCACCUACAAGAAGCUGGAGCAGUGGUACAAAGCCAACGCCGGCAGCCUCAACAUGAGGGACAUGUUUGACUCCGACAAGGACAGGUUCAGCAAAUUCAGCACGAUUCUGGAGACGGACGACGGAGACAUCCUGCUCGACUUCUCCAAGAAUCUCAUCAACCAGGAAGUGAUGGGAAUGCUGCUCGCCCUGGCCAAGUCGAGGGGGGUGGAGGAGGCCCGGGAGAAGAUGUUCUCUGGAGAGAAAAUCAACUUCACCGAGGGUCGUGCUGUGCUCCACGUCGCCCUGCGGAAUCGCUCCAACACGCCCAUCACUGUUGACGGUAAAGACGUGAUGCCAGAGGUGAACCGGGUGCUGGACAAGAUGAAGGCCUUCUGUCACAAAGUUCGCAGCGGCGAGUGGAAAGGCUUCAGCGGGAAAAGCAUCACUGACGUCGUGAACAUCGGCAUCGGGGGCUCCGACCUGGGCCCCCUGAUGGUGACCGAGGCUCUGAAGCCAUACUCAGCCGGUGGACCAAACGUUUGGUUCGUCUCCAACAUCGACGGGACUCAUUUGGCCAAGACUCUCGCUCAGCUCAACGCGGAGACCACACUCUUCAUCAUCGCCUCCAAGACGUUUACCACUCAGGAGACCAUCACCAAUGCAGAGUCUGCGAGGGAUUGGUUCCUCCAGACAGCCAAUGAUAAAUCUGCUGUGGCCAAGCAUUUUGCGGCUCUGUCCACCAACGCAGCCAAAGUGCAGGAGUUUGGCAUCGACACACAGAACAUGUUUGAGUUCUGGGAUUGGGUUGGAGGUCGUUACUCGCUGUGGUCGGCCAUUGGUCUGUCCAUCGCGCUGCACGUAGGCUUUGAAAACUUUGAGCAGCUUCUUGCAGGAGCUCACUGGAUGGACAGUCAUUUCCGCAGUGCCCCUCUGGAGCAGAAUGUCCCCGUCCUGCUGGCCGUUCUGGGCGUCUGGUACAUCAACUUCUUCCAGGCUGAGACUCACGCGCUGCUGCCCUACGACCAGUACAUGCAUCGCUUCGCCGCCUACUUCCAGCAGGGCGACAUGGAGUCUAACGGGAAGUACAUCACUAAAGACGGCACCCGUGUCAACUACCACACCGGACCAAUCGUGUGGGGCGAGCCAGGGACCAACGGGCAGCACGCCUUCUACCAGCUCAUCCACCAAGGAACUCGUAUGAUUCCUGCCGACUUCCUCAUUCCUGCUCAGUCGCAGCAUCCAAUCAGAGACAACCUCCAUCACAAGAUCCUCGUGGCCAACUUCUUGGCCCAGACGGAAGCUCUGAUGAAAGGAAAAACUCCCGAAGAGGCUCGUAAGGAGCUGGAGGCUGCAGGCUUGAAGGGCGACGCUGUGGAGAAGCUGCUGCCUCACAAAGUUUUCGAAGGGAACAAGCCGAGCAACUCCAUCGUUUUCAAGAAGCUGAGCCCGUUCGUGCUGGGAGCUCUGGUUGCCAUGUAUGAGCACAAGAUCUUCGUGCAGGGCGUCAUGUGGGACAUCAACAGCUACGACCAGUGGGGAGUCGAACUCGGGAAGCAGCUAGCGAAGAAGAUCGAGCCCGAGCUGAAGGACGACUCUGCGGUCAGCUCCCACGACUCGUCCACCAACGGACUCAUCAACUUCCUGAAGAAGAACUUCGCCUGAAUCCUCCUCCCCCGCUGGCUCCUCCCACCACGUAGUCCUCUGUCAUUGGCUGAAAUUGUGUGUCCUUGUGGCCCUUGAGAACGAGCACUUUAUGUCUGUUGAUCUUCACAUGUAGACGUGUCUGAAAAGGCAUCUUGUGUCAGUUGCUUUUACCUGAGAGGGCAAAGCAAAGCGUGCAGACAUUACUGUAGGUGACCACUCACCCUCACUUUCAAAAUAAAAGCCCUGUUUGUCACUGA